AUGAACCAGCAUUUGGCCUCUGUUGGUGCAGGUUCUCCUUACCUGAACGAUUCACGUAUUGUGGAGCACACCUCGGACGCGUCCUGCGCUUCCGGGUUGGUGAUGCCGGUCCCCUGCCGGUUCGGCUCCGACACUCCGACAUCGCGUCUCCUCUCUCAAGUCCGUAUUUAUGCCGAGAAAGACGACGCCGGUAAGGUUCGUGAGAAGAACGCACCGAUAGACGUCAACUGCAUCACGUGUGCACGACUCGCUCUCAUCAUGGUGCUGCAAGUCGACUCCUCCCGCCCAACGGUCCAGUUGCCCCAGCAGGGCAAGGUCGUUGGCAUCACCCACCCCAAGGACGAAAAAGCUCACCGUCCACGCGCAGUCGAUGCGUUCCUCGGCAUCCCUUAUGCUAUACCACCAGUCGGCGACCGAAGAUUUCGUCCAGCAGAGAAGCUGCCGCCUAGUCCAGAAAAUGUUCUUGACGCGUCAAAGUACGGUCCAGCAGCACCGGGGAAACCGCUGCUGAUCCCAGAUCCAUCAGGACCGCAGAUUGUCUAUAAUGAGGACUGUCUUACGGCCAACGUGUUUCGUCAAUCUGGAAGCGCAUCUCACGAUGGAAAAUUGUUGCCAGUUGCCGUUUACAUUCAUGGCGGGGCUUUCAACCGCGGAAGCUCAAGCAUGCACAACACGGCAUCGAUGAUGAGCUGGUCUGAAGAGCCCUUUGUCUGUGUGUCAUUUAACUACCGCGUGGGAUCUUUGGGUUUUCUGCCGAGCAGAGUGAGCGCCAAGGAAGGUGUGCUGAAUCUGGGCUUGAAGGAUCAAAUUGUACUGUUUGAGUGGGUGCAGGAGAACAUCAAUGCGUUUGGAGGAGAUCCGGACAACGUCACGCUCUUCGGACUGAGUGCUGGUGCGCACUCGAUCGGUCACCACCUCAUGCACUACAAAGAGGGUGUCAAACCUUUGUUCAACAGGGUCAUCAUCGAGUCCGGUGCACCAACAUCUCGCGCUGUCAGACCGUUUGACGCUCCUGUUCACGAGGCACAAUUCAAAGACUACCUUGCUGCAGCAGGUGUACCUGCUGAUCUGCCUGAGGACGAGAUCUUCUCCUUCCUGCGGUCUCUGCCGACGGAGAAGGUUCAGGAAGCACAGAACACGGUCUUUGCUAAAUACAACCCCAGCCUAAAAUGGGCAUUCCAGCCAGUCAUUGAUGGCGAAAUCAUCCCGAGGCCUCCUCUCGAGACAUGGCGGCAAGGGAAGUGGCACAAAGUCCCCAUCAUGACAGGUUUCCAGAGGAACGAAGGAAGUCUGUAUGUCAACAAGGCAAUGAGCACAUCAGAAGAGUUCACGGGUUUCUUCCGCGAUCUUUUGCCGCUGCUGUCGGAGGAAGACGUCAACACCAUCGACGAGCUCUACCCAGACCCCGCAAAGAUUCCCGAAUCCCCAUGGAAAGAAGACCGGGACGGUGUCGGUGCUCAGUACAAGCGAAUCGAGGCUGCCUACGGACACUACGCUUAUGUGGCACCUGUUCGACAGACUGCUGAGUUUGCGAGCCUCGAAGUGCCCGUCUACUUGUACCAAUGGGCUGCGAUAUCGACGGUCCUCAACGGUGCACAGCACGCAGACAACAUGAGAUAUGAGGUCUGUGAUCCAAAAGUGGUCGCCGUGAGUGAGAACCAGGCGCAGCUGGCCAAGACGAUCAAUUCCUAUGUCACCAACUUUAUCACAAAGGGUGAUCCGAAUGCUGGUGCACCAAAACCAAAGUGGGAGCCUUACAAUAAAGAGAUACCCAAAUCAUUGGCGUUUGGGCUGGGCAACAAGGAGCUCAUAGGCGGUGAUCUGGGCACAACGGCCAAGUUUGUAGAGGAUGAGUGGGGCAGAAAGGAAAGCGAAUUCUGGUGGAGUAAGGUCGAUUUGUCACAACAGUGA